GUAGCUGGAACAAUAAGUAACCAUAAACCAAGUAUACCUCCGCAAUUAUCUUUAUCUCUUCAAGUAGGUACAAUGUAAAUGCCUUGUAUAUAACAUAGCAAAAUUACAAAGGUCAGGACUUUAACCACUAUAGCAAAGGCCAUACGGUACCUAUUAUCUAUGGGCAUGUACGCGCAGCCGGAGCCGGUCCAAAAAAAUCCUCGAGACAAAAAUAAGAUAUUGAAUAGAUUAUACUUUGGCCGACUGAAAGCUUAUAGACUAAAAUUGCUUCACAGAACUUGGUAAAAACUACAAAGUAGAUCUCAAUUCUUUUUUUGAAUUGGUUCUCAUUUCACAAUUAAUUAUUUGACUGGAUGGAUCCCUUAUAUACAGAAGUGUCAUUCUAGAUGUCAUGUCUCAUGAAGAAUGUCAGACUGAAUUCUUUCCUUUUUUCUUAAGCUUAUAACUGUAAAAUGGCUGUGCCAAUCCGGAAUUCAUGUUUGUUUAAAGAUGUUUUGAAGUUGUCUACUGCCUUCGUCAGAUACUCAGCAGACUAUGCCGUCUCUAAUUGUAAUCUAUUGCUGACAAAAGAGACGAAAGUUAUUAUACAGGGAUUCACUGGAAAGCAGGCUACAUUCCACGCAAAGCAAGCAGCUGAAUAUGGCACAAACAUUGUUGGUGGAGUAUCGCCAAAGAAGGCAGGCCAAACACAUCUGGGCAAACCAGUAUUUGCCACAGUGAAGGAAGCAAUGGCUGCAACGGGUGCUACAGCUACAGCCAUUUAUGUACCACAGAGAGUUUGUGCUAAGGCCAUAAUGGAAGCCAUUGAAGCAGAAGUUCCCCUCAUUGUCAGCAUCACAGAGGGUAUUCCUCAGCAUGACAUGGUACGUGUAAAGCAUGCGCUUUUAAGGCAGUCCAAGUCUCGACUAUUGGGCCCUAACUGCCCAGGCAUUAUCUGUCCGCCCGCUAAAUGCAAGAUUGGUAUAAUGCCAGGUUCCAUUCACAAAGCGGGGUGCAUCGGUGUUAUAUCUCGAUCAGGCACCCUCACUUACGAGGCUGUCCAACAGACCACUGAGGAAGGGCUGGGCCAGACGCUUUGCAUUGGUAUUGGUGGUGAUCCAUUCAACGGUACUAAUUUUAUCGACUGCUUAGAUAUUUUCCUGAAAGACCCCAAUACGAAAGGCAUUGUUCUCAUCGGAGAAAUCGGCGGCAACGCUGAAGAGAUGGCAUCUGAUUUUCUCAUAGAACACAAUUCAGGGCCGAAUGCAAAGCCAGUGGUAUCCUUCAUUGCUGGAAUUACAGCCCCACCCGGCAGGAGAAUGGGUCACGCCGGUGCCAUCAUUUCAGGCGGCAAGGGAGGCGCUCAGGACAAAAUUAAGGCACUAGAAAAAGCUAACGUGAUCGUCAGCCGCUCCCCAGCCAAAAUGGGUGAACUACUGGCUAAAGAAAUGAAACGAUUAAAUAUAGCCUAAACGAGACGUUAUACAUAGCAUUGAUGAAGACUAAAAUCCUACUAUUUGCACGGAAGAAAGGAGAGAACACAGAAUAUUUAUGUGGAUAAUCUUGAUUAUUACGUUAUUAUACACGCGUACCUAAAUUUUUUUGUAGUGAAUGUAAUAUAUGCCGUUCUCUGA